AAUUUCUAUUCUAAAUCAGAUGAAACAUAAGUAACACGAAAACAUAGAGGUUCAGAACCUUUAAAAAAAAAAUUAGGGCUGUUAUCAAUAAGCAGUAAUCAAUGCAUCGGUGGAAUAACAGUACUACCAAUCAAACCUUCUUGGAUACACGGAACGAUCACACGAAUCGAAUUGCUAUAUUCGGCGUUUCGGAUCUACAAGCCAUGACAGCAGCCUCAACGAUGAAGCAAGUAAAAUUAGAGAGAGAGAGUGAGCUAAGAAUCGAAGUAGCCAACGAUACGCCGCUUCGCCUGAGACUACUAAACGGCACUGCUGAGAUUUUUGGUACAGAGUUACCUCCUGAAAUGUGGCUUACUUUUCCUCCUCGUUUAAAAUUCGCUGUGUUUACGUGGUAUGGAGCUACAAUUGAGAUGGAUGGUACUACUGAAACUGAUUAUACUGCAGAUGAGACUCCUAUGGUUAGUUAUGUAAAUGUCCAUGCUGUUUUGGAAGGACGAAGAAAUCGCGCUAAAGCCUCCUCCUCUGACUCUUCUCAAGGUCCUAGGGUGAUUGUUGUGGGACCUACAGAUUCUGGGAAGAGCACCUUGUCCCGGAUGCUUGUCAGUUGGGCAGCUAAACAAGGUUGGAAACCUACAUUUUUGGACUUGGAUAUUGGCCAAGGAUCAAUAACAUGUCCUGGAUGCAUUGCUGCCACCCCUAUUGAGUUGCCCAUUGAUCCAGUGGAAGGCAUUUCGCUUGAAAUGCCACUUGUUUACUUCUAUGGGCACACAACGCCCAGCCAAAAUGUGGAGUUGUAUAAAGCACUUGUAAAGGAGCUUGCUCAAAUAUUGGAGAGACAGUUUACUGGAAAUGCAGAAUCUCGCGCUGCAGGCAUGGUGAUCAACACCAUGGGUUGGAUUGAAGGUGUGGGUUAUGAGCUGAUUCUCCAUGCAAUUGAUACAUUUAGUGCCAACGUUGUCUUGGUUUUAGGCCAGGAAAAGCUCUUUAGCAUGCUUAGGGAUGUGUUAAGGAGCAAGCCCAAUGUAGAUGUUGUGAAACUUCAGAAGUCAGGUGGUGUUGUAUCCAGGAGCUCAAAAGUCCGCCAAAAGAGUAGGAGUUAUAGGAUCAGGGAAUAUUUCUAUGGCAUUUCUAAUGAUCUCUCUCCGCAUUCAAAUGUUGCAAAUUUUAGUGAUUUGUCUGUCUAUCGGAUUGGCGGUGGGCCACAAGCCCCCAGAUCAGCUCUGCCAAUUGGUGCUGACCCUGUUGCUGAUCCUCUUAGAGUUGCAGCAGUGAAUAUUGAUCGAGAUUUGCUCCAUGUUGUUCUUGCUGUUUCAUAUGCUCAAGACCCUGACAAAAUUGUUUCAAGUAAUGUCGCUGGGUUCAUCUAUAUCACAGACAUCGACCUUCAGAGGAGGAAAAUAACAUAUCUUACACCGACAGCAGGGAAGCUCCCAAGUAAUAAUUUGAUCAUGGGAACUUUGACAUGGCUUGAAACUUGAUGCACAUUACAGAAUUAAGUUUUAUAUUGCAUGACUAGAUUUUGUUGCCGGCCCUUGUUCUCCAACUGUAUGUUAGUUUUACUAAUUUAUAUAUGGAUGGCAGUUUUAGAUAGUUUACUCAUCUUUCAUAAACAUUUUAUCUUUGUAUAAAGCACUCUUAUCAUCUACUAGUGAAAAUGUACCGUUGUGGUUCACUGGAGAAAAAUUACUCCUUGAAGCUUAAAUCAGGAUAAAUCUGGGGAUUACUCUAGAGUAGAGUGGACAUGCUUUAAA